GGAAUGAAUUGUGCAAUGGAGUAUCCAAAGAGCUUCAUCUUCCUUGUGGGAUUGCUUUUGGUUAUCAGCCUUUCCAGUUUGGAAAAGGUUGAUGGGGCAGGGGCCUGUGGAAAAUCUUCCCCAGAUAGUCAGGCUUUGAAGUUGAUUCCUUGCGCAACGGCGGCCAGCGACAAGAACGCUGCUGUUUCUAGCAGCUGCUGCCUUCAGGUGAAGAAAAUAAUCCAGAACCCAAGCUGCCUCUGCGCUGUUGUGCUUUCCAACAUAGCCAAGUUUUCUGGAGUCAAUCCUGAAAUUGCAAUAACCAUCCCCGAGAGAUGCAAUAUUGCUGAUCGUCCAGUAGGUUUCAAGUGUGGAGCUUAUACGCUUCCUUGAUGGGAUACACGUACACAACUGAAGACCCAUGACUCUAGUAUGGUACUUGUAACUUGUAAGCUAGCAGGCUUCACCCAAUAAAAGCUAGCAGUCUGUAUGCAUCUACCCAAAAUAAUAUUAAUGCAAUAUGGUGAUGAGCACAUUACUUAAA